AUGGCUGACAAUAACGAUGAAAAUCAAGCUUUGGAAGAUUAUGCUCAACCGGUUAUACCAAAUUCCCCUUCGUGCAUCUUGCUGCCUACUGAAGCUAGAAAUUAUGAUCUCAAAUCUUCACAUUUUCACAUGCUUCCUUCUUUUUAUGGUUUACCUAACGAAGAUCCAUUAGCCCAUAUUAAGGAAUUCUACAAUGUUGUGAGUGGUUUACCUUUGCAGGGAGUGACUGAAGCAAAUCUGAGGAUGAGGGUUUUUCCUUAUACAUUGAAAGAUAAAGCAAAGGGUUGGCUAAUGACUUUAGCACCUGGUUCGCUCACCACUUGGGAUGCCGUAGCUAAGAAAUUUUUGGAGAAGUUCUUCUCUACUCAAAAGACAGCUACUUUGAGAGGGCAAAUCUUUAACUUUAAACAAGAUGAUGGAGAACCUUUCAAUGAAUGUUGGGAGCGUUUCAAAGGGCUGUUGCUGCAAUGUCCACAUCAUGGGUUACCUCUUUACUUACAAAUGCAAAUUUUUUAUGAUGGACUAACCCAAACAUGUCAAUCAACUGUUGAUAAUGCAGCAGGUGGAGCUUUGAAGAAAAAAAAUGCUCAAGAGUCAUAUAACAUUUAUGAGAUGUUGGGAUCUAAUGCUCAACACAAAGAUACAAGAGGUAAACGAGUUGGAGUGUAUGAAAUGAGUUCUAAUAAUGAUCUGGCCUUGCAGGUGGCUAGUUUGGAAAAGAAGCUCGAUUCUAUGAUCAAUAUGGUGCCUAAGAUAGCUGAGGUGUGUACCAUUUGCAACAUACCAGGUCAUCCAACUUAUCAAUGCUCGGCUAGUGAGGCUUAUCCCGAAUUUGUUCAAGAGCAAGUGAAUCUCAUGAAUUCUUACAAUCAGAGGCCGAGGAAUGACCCGUUCUCUAAUACAUAUAACCCUGGUUGGAGAGAUCAUCCCAAUCUCUCAUGGAAGAAUAACAAUCAAUUUCAAAAUUUCCAACCAAAGCCUGCCACUACGCUUGAAGAUACGGUCAAAAUGCUAGCUCAAAACACCGUUCAAUUCCAGCAAACUACCAAUAGUACUCUCCAACAACAUUCAGCUGCUCUAACCAAAAUGGAGACACAAUUAGGUCAGAUUGCUGAUGCUUUGAGUCAAAGAGAACCCGGAAAAUUUCCAAGCCAACCGGUGAUACUUCAAAGGAACCAAGAGCAAGCCAAAGCGGUCAUAACACUUAGUUGGCAAUGA